UAAAUCUGUCACAAACUUUUUUGACAGUUCAAAAAGUUUGAGUACAUUUUCAGAAAAACGCCUUUGCGUCGCCCAACAAGAUAGAAGUCCAAGGUUCAAAUAAAUUGCAAUUAUUCAAUAAAAUUUAAAUAAGAAUGUUUCCUUUGAGGCAACUGGCCAGGCAUGCUACCAGGAUUUUGCCAGCAUGCCGGCCUAUGUCAGCGUCAGCUGGGCCGAUGGUGGAUGUCGCCGAUGAUGGGGGUAUCGCUGUGGUGACGCUACAGCGAGCGCCGGUCAACAGCCUCAACCUGGACCUACUGCAAGCCAUGAGCAAAGCAUUGGACGAUGUGGCUAAAAACAAACCCAGAGGCAUGAUUUUGACUUCAGCAUCUCCAACUGUAUUUUCUGCAGGUCUGGACAUCAUGGAGAUGUACAAACCUGAUCUAAAGAGGGCAGAGCAAUUUUGGACGACUCUCCAAGAAGUAUGGAUUAAGCUCUUCGGUUUCAAGUUUGCCACAGCUGCUGCUAUUAAUGGUCAUGCUCCGGCAGGAGGUUGUCUCCUGGCCAUGUCCUGCGAAUACCGUGCCAUGGUUGGCGGCAAGUACACCAUAGGCCUUAACGAGACUGCCCUGGGCAUUGUAGCCCCACUCUGGUUCAUGGAUACCAUGUGCCACACCAUUAGAACCAGAGAUGCUGAGUUAGCUCUUACAACUGCUAAGCUGUUUACUGUAGAUGAGGCUUUGAAGGUUGGUAUGAUUGACGAGGUUGCUUCAGAUAAAGCUGAUGCCAUAGACAAAUGCAAGAAAUUUAUAAAGAAGUUCGACAGAACCCCACCACUAGCCCGCACAAUGACUAAGCUCAAAAUCAGGCAAGGACCGCUAUCUCACAUGCAGAAAAUCAGGCAGGCAGACACGCAGGAAUUCCUGGCGUUCCUGCAGAACCCACAGGUGCAGCAGGCGCUGGAAAUGUACAUCCAGAGCUUAAAGGCGAAGGCAAAGUAAAUAUUUAGUAAAAUCAAUUUAGAUACCUAUUCUACAUGUGUUUCUUGUCUUGUACUCUUUUUGAAAAGGCUCUAAGAUAUAUUUAAUUUUUAAAAGUGUUUUUUACACUUCUUUUAUGUAAAGUCGAAUUCAAUCGUGAUGUUUUUAAUCAAAAAGUCAACUGACUUGACAAGUAACUACUUAUUUUGUUCUGGUUUUGGCUGUCAAUAAAAAGCCACGUUUAUAAAGAUGCCAUGCCAUUAGAAAUAUUUUUAUUGACAACAGAAAAUGAGGUAACUUUUAAGUGAAAACGUCACAUUUCUUAUCUUAGAACAGAAAAAAAACUAUAUUUAAUUAAAUAAUUACAGUCCCAGUGUGUCUGAUAUUAUGCUAAGUAAUAAAAAUUAUAUAGACUAUUAGGCACGUUUGUGCGCAUGUAUUAUAUAGGUGAAAUUAUAUAAAUGUUAUGAAA